AACAAAAACAUAAAAACAUGCGUGGCAGGAGAAGAACAAAUGAACAACAACAUAAACUCCUCUUCCGUUUCUCGACUCGGGUUCUAUCAGACUCAGCGUAGACUCGGUUGACUCGUCCUCUCACCACGCACCGUCCAUUUACUCAAACCCCUUCGAUUACUUCCACGGUGACUCGGCGCGGCGGAGAUGGCGUCGUCGGAGGAGAAGCGAGUGGAGGACGAGCUAUCGUACCCGAUUCUGGUGGCGGAGCGAGUUCGCUCGGCGGUGGACGAGGCCGACUCGUUCAAACUCGAGUGCUCCGAGGUCUCGAAGCAGGUCGAUCGCCUCCUCCAAAUGCUCCGAACCCUCGUUCGCUUCGCCACCGCCACCGCCACCUCCGCCGCCGCUCCGCCGCUCUACGAGCGCCCCAUCCGCCGUGUCGCCGCCGAGACGGCGAAGAACCUGGAGCGCGCCCUCAUCCUUGUCCGGAAGUGCAAGCGCCGCAGCAUCCUCCACCGCGUCGUGUCCAUCGUCAGCGCCGCCGAUUUCCGGAAGGUCCUCGGCCACCUCGACGCCUCGGUGGGCGACAUGAAGUGGCUCCUCAGCAUCCUGGACGCCGACGGCGGCGGCAACGGCGGCGGCAUUGUCAUCUCCCUGGCUCCGAUCGCCAGCAACGACCCUAUUCUGUCUUGGGUAUGGUCCUUUAUCGCUUCCAUUCAAAUGGGUCAAUUGAACGAUAGAAUUGAGGCUGCUAAUGAACUUGCUUCUUUGGCACAAGAUAAUGAUAGGAAUAAGAAGAUCAUAGUUGAGGAAUGUGGUGUGCCUCCUUUGUUGAAGCUUUUCAAGGAGGUCACUUCUCCUCUUGCUCAAAUUGCUUCUGCUACUGCUUUGUGUCAUUUGGCUAAUGAUUUAGAGAGGGUUAGAGUCAUUGUGGAUGAGCUUGGAGUGCCUGCUGUUGUGCAGGUUCUUAGUGACUCCUCAAUGAGGGUUCAAACCCUGGCUGCCAAUUUGGUUGCCAGGAUGGCCAAGCAUGAUCCCCUUGCGCAGGAGGAAUUCGCGCGGGAGAACGCCAUUAGGCCUCUUGUGACACUCUUGUCGUUUGAUACCUUUGUAGAUGAUCCAUUAGGCCAAUUGGGGAAGCAGAGUAUUCACUCAAUUGUUCAGAUUAAUAAGGAGUUGGGGAAAGGUAGCCGGGGAAGCCGCCAGUUUGCAAAUUCCUACUCGAAUUCGUAUUCGUUUGUGGAGGGAAGUAGCCGGGGAGGGAACCAAAGGAAGGAGAGGGAGAAUGAGGAUCCUGCGGUGAAGCUUCUGCUGAAGGUUAGUUGCGCUGAGGCGUUGUGGAUGCUUGCACGAGGGAGCGUGACCAACAGUAGGAAGAUAACCGAGACCAAAGGAAUGCUUUGUUUGGCUAAGAUUGUUCAGAACGAGCAAGGGGAGCUGCAGUUUAAUUGCCUGAUGACGAUAAUGGAGAUAACUGCUGCUGCGGAAUCCAAUGCUGAUCUUCGCCGAGCUGCAUUUAAGACUAACUCUCCGGCUGCUAAAGCGGUUGUGGAACAGCUGUUGAGGAUAAUUAAUGAGGUGGACAGUCCGGCAUUGCAGAUUCCAGCGAUGAAAUCCAUUGGUGCCUUGGCUAGGACGUUUCCUGCUAGAGAGACUCGUGUAAUUAAACCUCUAGUGACACAGAUGGGUAGUAGAAAUGCAGAAGUAGCAGAUGAGGCAGCAGUUGCUCUUACCAAGUUUGCUUCUCCGGAUAAUUUCCUACAUGUGGAGCAUUCUAAGUCGAUCAUUGAAUUCAAUGGAAUCCCCACACUGAUGAGACUGCUAAGGAGUACUGAAGUUACCCAGAUGCAUCAUGGGCUAACUCUUCUUUGCUACCUUGCAUUGCAUGCUGGCAACAGUGAGUCCUUGGAACAAGCAAGGGUGUUGACAGUGCUAGAGGGUGCAGAUAGAACAGUUCUUCCUCAACAUAUAAAGGAAUUGGUUUCCAGGGCAAUAAUCCACCUCAAUUUAUAUCAUGCAGGAAUGAAUUCUCAAAGGAUAUCAUAUUUGCCUUGACCACAAAUUUAGCUUGUUUGCGAACCCUGCAUUUUUGUGGGUUCAUCAGUAUAGUGUUGAUUUUGUUGCAUCUGGCCAACUCUUUGGGGAAUAAGAGGGGCUUUAUAGGAACAAAGCAUACUUAAAAAAAAUACGUUAGCUUUUCAGCUUAGACUGUUUCUUUUUAUUUUUCUUUUUCUUCCCUCAUAAAACUGUUCAAUAGGGUGGCAGUUGUGCAGAGAUUUAUAUUGUAUAAUUAACUUUUCUAGUCAUUUGAUUUUAUUACUUGUGUACUUAUUUUGUUCA